AUGGAACAUAGUCGUUCAGAUGGAGGCUAUCGCCAGGUCAUCCGGAUUCCUCAUUACCUCAAAUUCGACCCGAUCUGGGCCCUGAAAUCGUGGUUUGGCAGCGCUUAUCCCGUCAUUCUCGUCUCACUACUGAUCAUGGACGCUUGGAACCAGAAUGUAUCAAAUGUGUUGGCGAGAUACGAAGUCAGCAUCCAAGCAAGGCACGCUUGCCGCAUCGAGGAGGACCGGGAAGCCGACGAAGCCCUGGCAUCGAUGCUUCAAGGGAUGCACGAGAAGCUAGCGGCCGACAUAGAGAAGCUAGACAACGAGCAAAUAGAACUCAAAGACCGGGUGAUGACGUUGCAUGACGAAAUACUCGCGAAUCUAGACGCCAUCGACGACAAGCUCAAACGAGGCGAGGAGCUCAAGAAAAAAACGGAAAGCUUGAAGGAUAUAUACAUAAGAGAUUCAGAGGAGGCGAAGCAGGAACUAGAUCGGAAGAGAGUUUGCGAAGAUAUGGAUCACCGUGCCGCACUGCAGACCGAACUGAUAGAAAUGAUCGAGGCUCGGCCGAGAAAGAAGCGCCGUUGUGAUGGGUCUCAUGACAGCACCCCAUCGGUUCCUCCAACAGCUAGCACAGGUGCAUCUUGCCAAGCACAGUAA